UUUUAUACCAAACAGUUUUAGGGUUUAGGUUAACUCUGAAAUUGAACCAGAAAGAAAAUGGAGAUUGAGAUGGAAGCCAAGAAUUCUUCAUUCGAGGUUGACCUCGGUAACCUAAUGGCCUUAGACUCUCAUCAUUCCUACUACCCUUCUCAACAAUCCAGGGUUGAACUGGUGAAAGAGUGUUUACAAAAAGGCACUGAGUUAGUUCAAGCUAUCGCUGAUUCUCUCUUUAUUUUACCCUCUACUCAAGAUGUUGAAGGUCCUCUUGUUCAAUUGCCUGCUCCAUCCACCAGAUUACCCAGAGAAAAACAUCUUCCAAGGCCAAAACCUCCUACUAAAUGGGACGAGUUUGCCAAAAAGAAAGGCAUUAUUAACCGGAACAAGGACAAACAAGUUUAUGAUGACCAAUCUGGAACCUGGAAACGCAGACAUGGCUAUGAUCGUGCUAACGAUGAAGAAGCUAUUCCUAUUAUUGAGGCUAAACCUACUGAUGAUCCAGAUGAGGAUCCUUUUGCCAAGAGAAAAGAAAACAAAAGGGGAAGAGUUGAUAAAAAUGAGAAAAAUCGGAUACAGAAUUUGAAAAAUGCUGCAAAGUUUGGGGCUUUACCUAGCCAUGUUCAGCUGGCCGCGACAUCUUUGCCUAUAACAGGAACCCAUGUACCACAAAAGAAGGUUACCAAGGAUGAAUUAGGCAGUGUAGCAGGUUUUGCCUCAACUGCCACAGCUAGUGGUGGGAAGUUUGACAAAAAAUUGCCAGGCGAAAAGCCUCCAAAACAUAAAGGAAAGAAUCGAAAGUUCCUGCCGGUAGCAGAAGGAACAGGGGUAGGAUCAAAGGAGAGGGAGCAAACUGAAAAUAUAUUGAACAAGAUCAUGUCCAAGAAUAAUCAUGAUAUACUCAAUGUUAACAAGGCUGUCACAGUAACCAAUGUGAAGAUGGAGAAAAACCGAAGGAAUGAUAAAUCGAAGGCUUCAUCAACUAACAGCAAAUUUAAAACUCAGAAGAAGCCUUUUAAAAAGGGAGGUGCCAAGAAAGGCAACCCAAAAGCACAGUAAUUUUGAUUUUUUAUGGAAUCUUGUAGUUUUUUGAAAACACUUUUCAGUGGUUUAAUGUUUUGUAGAAGAUUAUUUAAAAUAUCUAUUGUUAUCCACUUUAUAUUGUCAUUUAAGGCUUUCAUCACAACAUCAGGUACAACAAGUGAUUAUACUAGAAAUUACUUAUAUUAA